AUGGGAGGAGAUGGUGACUUGAAAGUUAGGGAAGGAGGGGGGGAGGAGGAUAUGUGUGGAUUCAUUGGAGGAGUAGAUGGUGGCGUCUUGGAGCUGCUGAAUCUAAAUGGUGGGUUGUUUGUAUUUUUGGCAGGCGGAAGAGUUGAUGGUGGCAUUUUUGGAGCUGUUGAAUCUAGGUCGCCGGAGCUACCAUCGUCGGAGCAAAAUGGAAGAACAAAAGUGCUAUUUUCUGCCUCCAUCUCUGUUCGAAACCCUUGCUCCACCUCUAUUUCAUUAAAAUCUAGCGAACCCUCUUUUUCACCCCCUAUUUCUUUGCAUCGAUAUAACAACCACCAUCGUGAUUGA